CGUAUUUAUGUUUGGAUUCCGUAGUAAUCAAUCCUGAUGGAAGGAUUUCUUUUGCUUCAUGUGGAAACGAAGAAUCAUUGGAUGGGUUUUACUUGGCACCUGAGACAGCAGAAGAGGGCUUUGUUACUGAAAAGGCCUGUAUUUACUGUAUGGCUGCAAUUUUGUGGAGAGCAGCAAGAAGCAAUUUCCCACCCGAUCACAAAUUGGUGUUGCCAGGGAAACUGAAACAUUUUCUUCUGAGUAUGGCAAGAAGCAAGGCAGAAGACCGGCCUUCUUUAGCAGAUGCAAUUAAGAUUUGUCGUAGUUAUCUGCUUGAACAAAAUAUCAGCAGCAGGAGGAUUCUAGAAGUUUUAGCAAAAGUGGCGUUCCAGGACUUCAGAGAAGCCGAUUCUCUUACUGAUAGCUGGCCUUUUCAAAAAGAAAGUUGCCCAGGAAAUACUAACUUAGGAUUUUUGCCUAUGAGUAAUGAAAGUAAACUGGUAGCUGUAAAAGGACCGGUUCCGUGCCAGUCACCUUUAAACAGAGAAAGGAUCACGUUACCAAACGCCUUCACUUCUUCGGCAACUCAUUUUAAGCCUAUUAUUCUGCAUCAGAAUAUAAACCAUAAAAUAGAUGCCAUUGCAACCCCCGUCGUAGAGUGUGAAACCAUGACAAGAAUACCAUCUGUGAGUAGCAGAAAUCCAACACCUUCAAGUAAUGACAAUGAAAACAAGACAGGUGAAAUUUUGAAUUUGUCUACUCCUUGUAUGAUGCCUGGUACUUUGGAGCAGAGUGAAGAAGAGCAGAAAAUGCUACAAGAGAAGGAUUCCGAAGAGCAAUCUCCGAGCAGUAGUCGUUCCCCUGAUCCUAACUUAUCACUUCCUGACUCUUUAGAUGUGUCUCAAGAGAAAUGCAUUUUGGAAGCACCCCCCUCGGCUAACCCCAGCUCUACCGUCCCAUCGAGUGUGACUUUUGUAAAUAAUUUCCUUUUAAAACAGGACCCAGAGACAAGGGUGUUGACUUUUGUACCUGUGCAGAUAGCGAUAUCGGAACAAAUACCCAAUAAACCCCUCCGUUCAAAAGCAACUUACAGCUGUUGCCCAAAUUUACACCUGCUCCUUUCAGAACCUGCGAUGGCCUAUGAUGCUCACGGAGCCUUGCAAGCAAAUUCAUCCCUAAGUGACGCGAUUAAAGAUCAAUUUGGUGACGUACAAAACAAAUGUUGGGGCAUCAAAGCCAAGAUGGGUGAUUUAACACCAACGACAAUUAAUAAAGAGACACAAACGAAGUGCUAUGAAAGUAAUCCAUGUCUUGUAUCCUGUAAGGAACGCAACUCAGAUACAGAGAAGAGCCUCCUUUUCUCAGAUCACGCACAGGAUCCCUCGCUCGAUCAAAAUCCUGGUUCACUCUUCCCAGGAACUUCUCAGCAGAAUAAAGGAACGCAGAAUGUUGCCUUGGAGAGCAUUGUGCAACUUGUCCAACAAGAGUUUGCAUUUGAUAAAUCUCAAGACAUUACUGAAGCCCUAGCUAUAGGUAAAUAUAUUUUCACUUUAAAGGAUCUCCAAUACAAUACAUUCUGCAAUGCAGUUUCUGAGAAAUUUUGUGAACUUUACUGGGAAGAAAAAUUGCUAGCAAAUCUUUACGGUGCAGCGAACGGUAGAAUUCCUGUCCCUGAAAGAAUUAACGAACCACAACAUUUGAGCAAGACUUUCCAAAGCGAACCAAAUACCUUUCUGAGUGGCAGUGAGGAAGCAGAAGAUCAUGUUGCUGGUAUGGAUUCAGAGGAGAAGGAAGUUGAACCACAAACUCUCCUAGUUGACAUACAGACAGAGGGAGAAUGUUUGCAGACCGAGAAACGUUGCAGUGGGCCAAGUGUUGCAGAAACAGAACAAAAGCAAGAAGAAAUUCAAGAAAGGGUGGAAGAAGAUACAUGCUCCAGCCCUUCCUGUCCUUCUGGAUUUUCUCCUGGUUGGAGAAGUGCCUUCUAUGGUUCAGAAUGGUUCAGUCUAGAUGUACACAGUUAUUUUAGAAAGCUUGGAAAACAAAAAACUCAUGGAACUCAAAAUAUUGAUGCUAAAAAAAUGGAACUUGACCAGCUGAUAAUGAUUGAGACGAGAAAUUACAGGAAGAGCAUAAGCUUCUACCAGCGGCUGUUGUAUAAAGAGAGAAGCAGGAAAGGUGGAGAAAUAAGAACUUUCCUGCCAAAGCUGGAGAGACAGAUAGAAGAAAUGAAAUCAAAGACACGGUUUCUUGAGCUCGUGAAGAACUAUCUCCAGAUUAUGUAUGCAGAAAAAUGGGGUGUUGAACCAUGCAACUUUCUUACAGUGGUUAAUAUGGGACAAAAUGAAAUGCUGGACAUCGGUGCCUUAGAUGACGUGCUGAUUUUUUAUCACAUAAACAAAACUCCAAGUGAAGCUCAGUAUAACGACAAUCAAAAUUGCCUAAGAAAUCUUCAAGCUGGAACUCCACUUGGAUUAAUGGCAUGCCUGUAUUCUAGAAACGCAUUUUUAAAAGGCUACGUUCAACAGUUCCUGUUCACUUUUCGCUAUUUCUGCUCACAAGAGGAACUUCUACAAUUUCUUCUAGAUAGAAUCAGAAUUACCUUGCCCAGGAAUUAUUCCAUAAAUGCCACCCGGUGCAUUUUCUAAAUUCAAGAUUGCUCGGAGUCAAAGAUAAGAACGUGCCUCUCCCAAAGGCUUCUUCCUCUGAAUUGCUAUCUACUCCGACCUAUAACCUUUUUGCCAACAACUGUGUCCAAGAUGAUCACCUCCUGCAGCUUUUAAAAUAUGCAGAUAAUGUCAGUACCUGGGUUGCUGCAGAGAUAGUCACCAGUUGCAGCUCUAAGGUAUUUUUAAAAAGUGACAGCUUGUGCUUAAUGGAAGGGGAGAGAUUUAAAACAUCGUCAACAAUUCCAUCAGCUCACAUACUUGCUAUGCACAUACAGCAACUUGAAACUGGAGGAUUUACGAUGCGAAAUGGCACAUACAAGUGGACCAAACUUAGAAAUAUUGCGAAAGUUGUAAGCCAGGUUCAAGCAUUUCAAGAAAACCCCUACGUGUUCCCACCAGAUUGCCAAUUGCAAGAUUUCUUAAGACAACGAAUAACUUUUCUUAACGACGCAGACAUCUUCACAUUAGCGGCUGAUAAUUAUGCCAACUUCCAUCAGAAACCUGAAAAGCAAUCUCGAAAAAUCCAAGAUGCAUUGCACAGGAUGAAAGCAAUGUUUCAGUGAGGUUUAUAUACAUCUCUCUCCAGCAAUUUUUAUUUCAAAAAACAUCUUCCUGGAUCGCUUACUAAAACAGAAGAAGGUCUUUGUAUGGUUGUAAAUAUUGUGUACUGGUAGUCCUCGACUUAUGAACAAAAUUGAGCCCAAAAUUCUUCUGUUGGGAUGACCUUGGUUCCCAUAA